AUGUACCAGUUGAGAGCAGUACAGUUGGAGAAAUGUCCCAUACAUGUUGUCUCCACAGUGUGUGGGAAGCCCACAGUAGCUGGAAAGAUCUUUGGUGGCCAGAGUGUGGUGGGUGAACGAUGGCCAUGGCAAGCCAGCCUGUUUUACCUUGGCAAGCAUAUCUGUGGGGCUGUCCUCAUGGAACGCUACUGGGUGGCCUCAGCUGCUCACUGCUUCCUCAAGUCUCACAUGCCAGCGGACUACCAGGUGCUUCUGGGAUAUAACCAGUUACAACAGCCUACUCAGCACAGCCUGCAACUGACAGUGAACCGCAUCAUCAUCCAUCCUGACUUUGAGAAAUUUCACCCUAUGGGGAGUGAUAUUGUCAUGUUGCAACUGCACCUACCUGUGAACUUCACUUCCCACAUUGUUCCUGCUUGCCUCCCGAUGCCUGACACACAAUUCCCCACUCAUGGGUCCUGCUGGAUCACUGGCUGGGGAAUGCUUAGUGAAGAUGAGUUCCUGCCAUCACCUUUCCAUCUUCAGGAGGGUGAGGUUGGCAUCUUAGAGAAUGAGUUCUGCAGAAACUAUUUCCCACCAUCAACUCCCAACAGUCGCGUCUACUCUGUACAUGAGGACAUGCUGUGUGCUGGGGACCUCAACACAGGAAAGGCUGUCUGCCGUGGAGACUCUGGAGGCCCCCUUGUCUGUCAAGUGAACAAUUCCUGGUUCCUGCUGGGGCUAUCGAGCUGGAGCUUGGACUGCCGGAAGCCCAUAUACCCCAGUGUCUUCACCAGGGUGCCCUACUUCUCCUCCUGGAUCCAAGAGGUCGAGAGGGCCACACCCAUUCCUGAUCCUGCAUCUGCUCCUCCUCAGGGACUGUAUGCCCUGUGGUACAACCUCCUAGCCUCUUCACAUGCCUACAUCAAGCCUGAUAAAACAAAAAGUAAUUUGAAAGCUUUCUGA